GCACUUCAUCCCGUUUACACCAACUGUAGCUCUGAGCGCGCUCACACUGCGAGUUCGAGUCCAGCAGGGAGAGACAGGGAACAGGAGACAGCAUGGCAUCUCUGGGGCUCAAGGCGAUUGUCGGUGAAAAGGUUAUGAAUGAUGUCAUUAAGAAGGUGAAGAAGAAGGGAGAAUGGAAGGUAUUGGUGGUGGACAAGCUCAGCAUGAGAAUGGUCUCAUCAUGCUGUAAAAUGACAGAUAUUAUGUCUGAGGGAAUUACAAUUGUUGAGGACAUAACCAAGCAGCGUGAGCCUCUUCCUACCAUGGAAGCCAUAUAUCUCAUUACUCCAUCUGAUGAGUCAGUUGAGGGUCUCAUCAAUGACUUUAGAGAUCCUCGUAAUCCCAUCUACAGAGGGGCACACGUGUUCUUCACAGACACAAUCCCAGACUCUUUGUUCAACUUGAUAAGUAAAUCCCGUGCUUCUAAAUCCAUAAAGACACUGACUGAGAUUAACAUCGCCUUCCUGCCCUAUGAAUCACAGGUGUUCUCAGUGGACAGACAAGAUGCCUUCCAGGAUUUCUACAGCCCGUUUAAAGCUGAUGUAAAGAACCAGGUGUUGGAGCGUUUAGCCGAGCAAAUAGCCACCUUGUGCGCCACACUGAAAGAGUACCCAGCUGUUAGAUACAGAGGAGAGUACAAAGACAAUGCAGUCCUGGCCCAGAUGCUUCAGGAUAAACUGGACGGUUACAAAGCAGAUGACCCCACUUUGGGAGAGGGACCUGAUAAAGCACGUUCCCAGCUAUUGAUUCUGGAUCGGGGUUUUGACCCAGUCUCGCCAAUUCUACACGAGCUCACGUUUCAGGCCAUGGCCUAUGACCUGCUGCCCAUUGAGAAUGAUGUCUACAAGUAUGAGACCAGUGGAAUGGGUGACACUCGUAUGAAGGAGGUGCUGUUAGAUGAAGAUGAUGACCUGUGGAUGACUCUGAGACAUAAACACAUAGCAGAGGUGUCCACGGCUGUGACUAAAUCACUAAAGGAUUUCUCUGCAAGCAAAAAGAUGAACACCGGAGAGAAGACCACCAUGAAAGAGCUCUCCCAAAUGCUUAAAAAGAUGCCACAGUACCAGAAAGAGUUAAGCAAGUAUUCAACUCACCUGCACUUAGCAGAAGACUGUAUGAAGCAUUACCAGGGCACAGUGGACAAACUGUGCCGUGUUGAGCAGGAUCUAGCGAUGGGCACAGAUGCAGAGGGUGAGAAGAUCAAAGAUCCCAUGAGAGCUAUUGUACCCAUCCUACUAGAUGCCAACGUUACCAUUAUGGACAAAAUCCGAAUCAUCCUGCUCUACAUCUACCUCAAGAAUGGUGUGUCAGAGGAGAAUCUCUGUAAGCUCCUCCAGCAUGCUCAGAUCCCUCCAGAGGACAGCGACAUCAUCUCUAAUAUGGCCCAUAUGGGGGUUCCCAUCAUUUCAGAGCAAGCAACAACACGUAAAGGGAAGAAAUCUGACCGCAAGGAAAGAGUCAGUGAGCAAACAUACCAGCUCUCCCGGUGGACUCCUUUGGUCAAAGAUAUCAUGGAGGAUGCCAUUGAAGACAAGCUUGACCCAAAACAGUACCCUUACAUUUCCACACGCACAGCAUCGUCAAAGACGACCACAGCUAGCAGUGCACGUUAUGGAAACUGGCAUAAAAACAAGAGCCCAGGAGAGAUACGCAACGGCCCACGCAUCAUCGUCUUCAUCGUUGGGGGUUUGACCUACAGCGAGAUGCGCUGUGUCUAUGAGGUCACACAGGCCAAUGGCAAAUGGGAAGCUCUCAUCGGCUCCACUCACACCAUCACUCCCGUUAAAUACCUAAAGCAUCUGCAGCACCAAGACUUCCUGGACCCCAAUGCGGCCCCAGAGGACCAGCUUCCUGCAGAAGAUAAGUGAUGAAGACAAGAAAAGAGAAUGGGGUGACGUCAUUACCCUGACUCACUAUUCUGAUGUCAUCAGUGACAUGUUCCAACUAGAUGAGCGUUAAGACCCCCAUGCAAUAUAUCAGGCAGUCUGCCACCCUUCAGCACUUCCCUUGUCAGUAAUAGGCUACAGUGAAGUAUAUAACAUAAAUAGCCUCUGUUACAUUUAUAAUCACCUUAACAUUAACCUCAGAUAACAUCAAAGAACAUUAUCUUCUCCAUUGUUGGUAUUAUGGGAGCAGUCGACUUGAGUGUACCUCAUAGGUAGAUAAAAUAAGAAGAGAAGAUUAUUUGAACACAGUGUAGCAAAUUGAGUUUCCAGUUUCCUCUUCUGUAAACUUAUUUUGAAUUGAAUCAGUACUUUGACCUGCCAUGCAGUGUUAGCCAAGCAUGAUCUGUGUCUGUUGCGUGAUCAGUUCAAUACCGGAUGUCCCAUUGUGAAUAUUAAAUGCAGUGUUAUUUUAAUAUUGUGGUUUGGAGAUAAUAGUUACUAGUCCUGUAUAUAGACUGUUAAUAUAGUAAAACCUCCCUUGUUGAUAUUCUAUUUUUCUUUUACAUCUCGACUGCUCCUUUUGUAGUAAGGUAGUAUGAUUGUUUUUUUUAUGUCAUAAUCUGUUAUUUAUGCUAAGAAUACACAUUCAUUCUGUGUAAAUAUAUCAUCUAUAUGCCAUAUUCAAAUAUAUUUAACAUGUUUAACACAUACGAGGUUAUGAAGUGCAAACUAUUGUCUUGUGCAUAUAGUAAAAUAAACUGGCUUCUGUUAAAAAUC